ACACAAGUUUCCUCUGCAUCAAACGACAUCGGUAGAUUAAUCAAAUAUCCCCUUCCUACAUGAUGUUUAUAAACCCUAAACCCCGAUAACAUAAAAUGGAGGGUUAGCAAGUGAUUUCCACUCAAUCAAUGCCAACCCAUUAACCUAUGCUUCUUCUCAUUCAUCAAUCCCGUUUAUUUCGUCACUUUUCGAAGCCCCUUUUUCUCAAUUUCUUGAAAAACCCCACUUUUUUCUUCACCAACCCUUCUUUUUCCGUCGCCGCCGCGGUGAAAAUGGCCGGCGACGGUGCCUACGGCGAAAAAAUCGAAACUUUUUCACACCCAAGCGAAGAUUCAGUUUUUGGGCUAAUGUCAAGUUUGAGUUUUUUUGGGCCAGGAAGAUUCUUGGGUGAUAAUAAGUUUAAAGAUUUGAUUUUGAGGCUUGAUUCGGGUCAGGUUGAUUACAUUUUUGAUUAUUUGAGGAUUAGGAACCCGGUUUUCGCGGUGGAUUUCUUUUUUUUGUUGAGGAAUGAGUAUGGGUUUCGGGUUUCGAAGAGUUGUGUUUUUGGUGUUUCUCAUGUUUUGGCGGGAAUGAGAAGGCUGAGAGAGUUGAGGGUGCUGAUGAGUGAAUUGGUACACGAGGAAGGUUCUGAUUCUGCACCUUCACUUUGUGAGCUGCUUUGGAUGUUCAGGGAUUGGGAUUCUAAUGGUUUGGUAUGGGAUAUGCUGACAUUUACCUAUUCUAGAUUUGAGAUGAUUCAUGAUGCCCUGUUUGUGCUCUCCAACAUGAAAAAACUGAACAUUCGAGCUUCAAUAUUGACCUACAACAGCAUGCUGUAUAACUUGCGUCACUUUGAUAUCAUGUGGGGUCUAUACAACGAGAUCAGAGAUGGUAAGGUUCAUCCCAGUGGACAGACUGAUUCAAUACUUACAGAUGGUUUGUGGAGACAAUCUUUAUUUGAAGAAGCAGUUGCAUUCCUAAGAGAGACUGAACGGAAAUACACGAGUACUAAUGUUGUUUCAUUUAACAUUCUCAUGUCUGGGUUCAGUAAAUUGGGUUAUGUAGAUAUUUCGAAAUGUUUUUUCUGCUUAAUGUUCAAGUGCGGACUACUUCCUGAUGCUUAUAGUUACAAUAUUCUCAUUCAUGGACUAUGUGUUGCUGGUUCUGUUGAAGAAGCUUUAGAAUUUGCAAAUGACAUGGAGAAACAUGGCGUGAGACCUGAUUUAGUAACUCAUAACAUUAUUGUCAAAGGGUUUCGUCUUCUUGGCAUGAUGAGUGGGGCAGGGAAGAUUGUUCAACGAAUGCUACAGAAAGGUUUAAAUCCAGACAUAAUAACAUACAAUAUUUUGGUAUGUGGGCACUGCCAGGUAGGCAACGUUGAUGAAGCUCUAAAGCUGCACAAGGAGAUGUUAUCUCAGGGAAUGCGGCUCAGUAAUGUAUCAUACAGUUUGUUGCUCAGCGGUCUAUGUAAGAGUGGCCGGGUUGAGGAGGGACUGAGAUUAUUUUACAGGGUAGAAAAUAUUUUCUUGAAACCAGAUACUAUGAUCUAUACUAUUCUCAUUCACGGUCUGUGCAAGCAAGGUGAAGUUCGAAGGGCUAUUCAACUGUACCAGGAGAUGUGCAGGAAAGGAGUUUGUCCGGAUGCCUUUUCACAGAGAGCUAUUCUCUUGGCGCUGUGUGAGAAAGGGACUAUAUCAGAUGCCAGAUUUUUUUUUGAUAGACUAGUUAAUUGUGACUUCGUGGAAGAUAUAGUUCUAUAUAAUAUGAUGAUCUAUAGGUAUGCAAAAAUAGGUAAUAUUCAAGAAGCUAAGGAGUUGUACAUAAAAUUAAUUGAAAAACAGAUUACUCCAAGUUUAGUAACUUUCAAUUCGCUAAUUUAUGGGUUCUGCAAAGCUAAGAUUCUAGCUGAUGCUAGAAGGUGGUUGGGUGUCAUCAAAGUACAUGGAUUAGUACCUAAUGCAAUAACCUAUACCACCUUAAUGAAUGCUUACUGUGAAGAGGGAAACACACAGGCAAUGUUUGAAUUGCUAGGUGAUAUGGAGGCUAGAGAUGUUUUACCUACUCAUGUUACACACACAGUAAUUCUAAAGGGACUCUGCAAACAGAAAAAGUUGCAUCUAUGUGUGAGAUUACUCAAGCAAAUGUUUUGCAAGGGUCUGCCGCCUGAUCAGAUUGCGUACAACACUGUCAUUCAGUCUUUCUGUGAAGCGCGGCUCUUAAAAAUCGCGAUUCUAUUACACAACCAGAUGUUUCUGCAUAGUCUUCAGCCUAGUUCUGCUACUUAUAACAUUAUCAUAGACGGCAUAUGUAAAUAUGGAAAUCUAAGGGACGUGGACGUGCUUUUCUCCUUUCUUCAGGACCAAAAGGUUCAGCUAUCAAAAGUAGCUUACACUACACUGAUCAAAGCUCAUUCUGCAAAGGGUAAUGUACAGAAGGCAGCGAUACUUUUUGGUAAAAUGAUGGAUAUGGGGUUUGAAAUCUCAAUUAGAGAUUAUAGUGCUGUCAUCAACAGAUUGUGCAAACAUUGUCUGACUAACGAUGCAAAACUAUUUGUUCGAGCAAUGUUAUAUACUGGUGUUCCGCUCGAUCAUCAGAUCUGUUCAGUGGUACUUCAUUCUUUUGCUCAUGUUGGUGAUAUUUGUUCUAUAUGUGAAUUACUACCUUACAUGAUAAAAUGCGGCUUACAUUCUGGUUGAAACUGAGCAUCUACUGUUCGGGAGUUUGGUCUAUUAAUGAAGCUCGAAAGGCCUUUUGAUCGUGCUGCUGCUUAGUUCCAGGGGCCUGAUGCUGAUAUUAAUUUUACUGCAAGUGAUUAUGAACAUGAUCUUAAAGAGGUGAAGGAUUUCUUCAAUUACGGUGCAUAAUGAGUACGGGUUCUUGAAUUUCUUAUGCAACCUUGUCUUAGACGUGCAGUAAAACAAAUACCAUGAUGAACUGGUGUAGACUGCAGCUUGUAAAUGUCCAUGCUAAGGUGGAAGCAGGACAUAUUCUUUUAAAGGUUUUGGUAUAGAGGCACACCUUUUGGAGAGAGCUUCUGAAGGUUACACAAAGUUUGACAUAACACACCUACGCGAUCACUCCAUACCACUGGCUUUUCACCGUGAAUCCCUAUUCUCCAGGGUUAUCUAUAUCCAGCAGCAUCAGAAGCUUCCCUCUCUAAGGCAGCUGCAGCGUAGAUAAUAUGUCAUAUAUCGACUACCAGAAUUUGCUAUUUUUCAACUGACCUACAUCUGGAAAUAAAAAAUUUCAAGCUAAGAAGGAUAUGAAGAAAAAAAAUAGCCAUUUUGGAGCUAAUUUUUAUGGAAAUUCAGAUUUAUUGGGCUACACAUAAUUUCUACGUUGUUUGGGCCAUUUCUGGGAUCUAGAUGUCAUAUUUGGAUGUUUUUACGGUCACACGAAGCUAUUUACAAUGCAAUGUCACACGAAGCUAUUUACAAUGCAAUGUCACCGAAGGGAACAAAAAGCCAAGAAUUGAGACGAAAUCCUAUUUGAUUUUGGAGUUCUAUUUAUAUAUUUUAAUCACAAAAAUAUUAUUAUAAUUAUUAUUGGAGAUCAGACAAAACAAUACUAUUAGUUUUUGGAGAGAUACAUACCCUUUAGACUGGGUUUUGAGUUUUCAAUUCCUCUCUUUCAGAACAGAUAAAUUGUCAAGUUUAUAUCUUAUUUUCUCGAUUAAUAUUAAGUUUGAGUUAUUCAAUA